GUAAAAUUGCUUGUGCCAAUGUCUUAAGCGAUCUAUACGCAAUGGGAGUGACAGAGUGUGACAAUAUGUUGAUGCUACUUGGUGUGAGCACAAAGAUGACCGAGAAAGAACGGGAUGUGGUUGUGCCACUCAUCAUGAGGGGAUUCAAGGACUCUGCUCUGGAGGCAGGGACCACCGUUACAGGUGGACAGACGGUUGUCAAUCCCUGGUGCACCAUUGGAGGUGUCGCCUCCACAGUUUGUCAGCCUAAUGAGUAUAUUGUACCAGAUAAUGCUGUUGUGGGCGACGUUUUGGUCCUCACGAAACCUUUGGGGACUCAGGUUGCAGUGAAUGCACAUCAAUGGUUAGAUCAACCAGACCGUUGGAACAGAAUUAAGCUCGUCGUCAGUGAGGAUGACGUCAGAAAGGCCUAUCAACGAGCUAUGGACAGUAUGGCGAGACUCAACAGAAUAGCUGCACGUUUAAUGCACAAAUACAACGCUCACGGGGCAACAGACGUUACAGGGUUUGGCCUUUUAGGCCACGCCCAGAACCUAGCAAAACACCAAAAGAAUGAAGUGUCCUUCGUGAUUCACAAUUUGCCUGUGAUAGCAAAAAUGGCAGCGGUGGCAAAGGCCUGCGGCAACAUGUUCCAACUUCUCCAGGGUCACUCGGCAGAGACCAGUGGAGGUCUACUGAUCUGCUUACCACGAGAACAGGCUGCAGCUUACUGUAAAGAUAUCGAAAAGCAGGAAGGCUAUCAGGCCUGGAUCAUUGGAAUUGUCGAGAAGGGGAAUCGCACCGCUAGAAUCAUUGAUAAACCUCGAGUUAUCGAAGUCCCUGCAAAAGAAAAAGAUGGAGAACUUUGGUAACGUCGAUGUUGCUCUGACAAAAUUUAUAAUAUUUGUGAAAUUGCCAUUUCUUUGAUCGAUGUCCAUUCUAAAGCGAUCAGAAGCUCAAUUCGUAAUAUUUCAGCUCGAAAAUUCUUAAGAAAAAUUCAAAAGAUGAACGGGAACUAAUUGAAUUGAAAUCAAAUCUGAUUUCAAUUGUAUAAAGUUAUCACUACUUGUCACUUGUUUUUUCCAAAUCUAGGUUUAAAUCUAUGUUUGAACUUUGUGUUGAAAGAAACCAGACUUUCUUGCUGUUCUCUAUAAUACAAUGCUUCUAUUCUUUUAUUGUGAAA